GAAAUUAAAUUCUGGGAGCUUUCUUCAUUGUUUGUGGAGUCCUGUUCCCAGUCCAGUGUUGCGAUGGCAAGUGGCCCAGCGUCGCCACUGUUGGUGGUCGAGUGGCUGCAGGGGAAGCUGAAAGCUGCAGCGGGCACGUACCAACACAUGGUGGCCACGGACCCAGCCAUUGCCAGUCAUUUGGAGAAUUUCCUGAAAGGUGCCUCCUACGUUAUACCAGGUGCAUCGGAGGAGUUCUCUGAAUUGAUCUACGCCUUUUCCAAUAUCCUCAGCUACGCUCACGACGCUCUGUUGAAGCAUGCUGCUGGUCUGCCACUCUGGAUCAACACAUCACCCCUGUGCCAGCGCUUGCAAAUGUUCCUGACCACGCUGGAACAGAUUGAAGUGUUUGUGGAGCUUGUUGCUAACCGCUAUAGCACCAUUCAUCGAUGGCUCAUCAUUACGCUCAUCGUCUUUUCAAAGACUCUGCUGCGCCUGUUCCUGCUCCACCAGCGUCCCAGCAUGCAGACCUGGCCCAUCAUUCGACCCGUCGACCGCCAGCAACUACCGGCCAUGACUACUGGCACGCCAUCGAGCACUGCAGCAGCAAAUGGUACCUCAUCUUCGUCUUCUUCUGGUGCCAAUAGACAUGAUAGCUCCGCAACUGCCGGCAAUAGUACUAGUGUUGAUAGCGCAGUAGCAGCAAGUGGAGACUCUGCUCUCCAACGCUCCUACGUGUGGCAAGGCAAGCGCAUGGGCCGAGUGCUGCGUUCACUGCGAGACCCAGAUGAUUUUGAUCCAGUGCGUCGCCAGUCUCUCUCGCAGCUCGUCGGUGUGUCCUUACCACCAUUCUCCUCGUCGUAUAGCCUUGCCGCAGAGAUUAUCUACACACUGCGACCUCUCACACACUUGCUGUGGCUCUUGCGAUGCGGAUUCCGCUCCUGGAAGCCCUGGCUGCUCUCCUUAGCUCUCGAUGCGACAAGCCUGUACAUGCACUACUGCAAGACCGGUUUGUCAGCCGGCGAGCGGUCGGAGCUGACAAGACGCCUGGGCCUGCUGACGUUCUACUGUGUGCGAUCGCCGUGUUACAACAAUGUCACCAGGGCAUACAUCCUAGCAGUCCUGAAGAGGUGCAGUCAGUCAUUCUUCCCUAUUUCCAUGGCAGCUCGUUCAUGUCUGGAUUACUUACCAGCGUGGCAACGAGUCUAUUUCUACACAUGGCUCUCGUGAGCGGCACCAACUAUUGCCUCACUCAAGAUGAAAUGCAUAGCCCUGGCAUUCCUCCCGAGCCAGUGACACGAGGACAGAGGCAUCUAUGCUUUGUCCCCCGCAGAUGAUCCUGACGCAAGUCCUAGCAAGCCUAUACUGUGUAGCCGUGCCCCCGAUGGAGCAUGCUGACAGUAUUUGGAAGUACGCACUCCACAUAGCAAGUAUGCCUGUGGUGUUUACCAGCCGGAUCAAUGGCGUUCCGCUGGCGGAUCAAUGCCUUUUCCACUGCCUCGUCAAUGCUGUUCCACAGCCUGAUCAAUGGAGUGCUGUGGGUCAGUAUUGUCUUCACUGAGGUGCCUUUUUCCCCGCUACCGACGCUAUUCUUGACGUGAUAUGCUGGGACUGGACAGUGUGGCAGCCACUAGGUGAUAGCAUCUCCCAAGUUGGGUUCCGUGCUCUUUGCUAGUGCUUCAUAACCCAACCUUUGCAGGACAACCUUGAAGACCGGUCAGGAUAUGCUCGCUUACUUUACAUAGCCAUAACCUUACAUUUGUGUACGCCGUAGCCCUGUGAUUACUUCUAGCUUUUUUCCGGUAUUGUUGUUGCUGGUCAAUGGACUUAUUGCGGUAUUUGCACGUUAUGAAGUACACAGCCCUCGUCGUGAUGGCUGGGUCAGCUUUCUCCAGUUAACGGCAAAUAAAUCUUUGUUUUUUAAUCGUCUAUAGCAUUGUUGCGUGCCGGUGUUGAUCGCCUGCUAACAGUUUUCAUAUUCUGAUUUCCUAUUAAACUUUAGUUUAACUCCUUUCUAUGUUUCAUGAUGUUUUUUUAACAACUUUCGUUUGUUGCAAAGCACGUGCCAUUUUCAGAGGCGUGUUGUUAGCGGUGUUCGCAAUCGCCAUUUACCUGUGGACUGUACAUGCCGUUGUUGUGAGCCAUGCAAAUGCAAUGUUCAGCGUGCCCUCACUCAGUCCUCAAUUCUCAGGCUUAUCUAGAUUGCGUAUCAUGCUCCUUGCUCACACGAUGCUUCAACAAUGUUCUCCAUCGAA